UAGCCGGUGGCUCGCAGAGUGAGUGUCAGAACAGGAAGCUGAGGCAGAAGCAGGGACUAUGCUGUAAGGCCCCUUUGUUAUUUUCCCCUUCCAGUGAGCCGAGAAUGAAUGUACGCUUUUAACAUCUCCUCUGCUUAGACAUCUCGACAGCUGCAUUAGCAAGACGAUCACCUUCCUUCUGCCUACCUAUGGACCCUGGCCCUCCUUGUGCUGAGACUUACAAUUCUCUUCCAGCACUUUCUUAUGCAAGAAGCUAAACGGUAAUUAAAAGGUACAGGAUGAAAAGAUGGCACAAUCAGUGCUGGUACCACCAGGACCUGACAGCUUUCGCUACUUCACCAGGGAAUCCCUUGCUGCUAUUGAGCAACGUAUUGCAGAAGAAAAAGCUACAAAACCCAAACAAGGACGAAAGGAUGAGGAUGAUGAAAAUGGCCCCAAAGCAAAUAGUGAUUUGGAAGCAGGAAAAUCCCUCCCAUUUAUUUAUGGAGACAUUCCACCCGGAAUGGUGUCAGAGCCCUUGGAGGACCUGGAUCCAUACUAUAUCAAUAAAAAAACUUUUAUAGUAUUGAAUAAAGGGAAGGCAAUCUUCCGAUUCAGUGCCACAUCUGCCCUGUACAUUUUAACUCCUUUCAACCCUAUUAGAAAAAUAGCUAUAAAGAUUUUGGUACAUUCAUAUCCUUUUUCAAGUGGUUUUCACAUGCUCAUUAUGUGUACUAUUCUGACCAAUUGUGUGUUUAUGACCAUGAGUAACCCUCCGGACUGGACAAAGAAUGUAGAGUACACAUUCACAGGAAUUUAUACUUUUGAAUCACUUAUAAAAAUUCUUGCAAGGGGCUUCUGUUUAGAAGGAUUCACUUUUCUUCGGGACCCCUGGAACUGGCUUGAUUUCACUGUCAUUACUUUUGCAUAUGUGACAGAGUUUGUGGACCUGGGCAAUGUCUCAGCGUUGAGAACAUUCAGAGUUCUCCGAGCAUUGAAAACUAUUUCGGUCAUUCCAGGAUUAAAGACUAUUGUGGGAGCUCUGAUCCAAUCAGUGAAGAAACUUUCUGAUGUCAUGAUCCUGACUGUAUUUUGCCUGAGUGUAUUUGCACUCAUUGGGCUCCAGCUGUUCAUGGGCAACCUGAGGAAUAAAUGUUUGCAAUGGCCCCCAGAUAACUCUACCUUUGAAAUAAACAUUACUUCCUACUUUAAUAGCUCAUGGGAUGGAAAUGGUACCUAUUAUAAUAAGACAGUGAGCAUGUUUAACUGGGAUGACUACAUUGAGGACAGAAGUCAUUUUUACAUUUUGGAAGGGCAAAAUGAUGCAUUGCUUUGUGGUAACAGCUCUGAUGCAGGCCAGUGUCCAGAAGGAUAUAUAUGUGUGAAAGCUGGCAGAAACCCUAACUAUGGCUACACAAGCUUUGACACCUUCAGUUGGGCUUUCUUGUCCCUAUUUCGACUGAUGACGCAGGACUUCUGGGAAAAUCUUUAUCAACUGACACUUCGUGCAGCUGGCAAGACAUACAUGAUCUUUUUUGUCCUGGUUAUUUUCUUGGGCUCUUUCUACCUUAUAAACUUGAUCCUGGCUGUGGUUGCUAUGGCCUAUGAGGAACAAAAUCAAGCCACCUUGGAGGAGGCAGAGCAGAAGGAGGCUGAGUUUCAGCAGAUGUUGGAACAACUUAAGAAACAACAGGAAGAAGCUCAGGCAGCCGCAGCAGCAGCAUCUGCAGAAUCAAGAGAAUUUAGUGGAGGUGGCGGGGUAGGAGGCUUCUCAGAGAGCUCUUCCGAAGCAUCAAAGUUGAGCUCAAAAAGUGCAAAAGAAAGGAGGAACCGGAGAAAGAAAAGAAAACAGAAAGAACAGUCUGGAGAAGAAGAGAAACAAGAAGAGGAAUUCCACAAAUCUGAAUCAGAAGAUAGUAUCAGAAAGAAAGGUUUUCGUUUUUCCAUCGAAGGAAAUCGCCUGACCUAUGAAAAGAGGUUCUCUUCUCCCCACCAGUCUUUAUUGAGCAUCCGUGGCUCUCUUUUUUCUCCAAGACGCAACAGCCGGACCAGCAUUUUCAGCUUCAGGGGUCGAGCAAAAGAUAUUGGCUCUGAAAAUGACUUUGCUGAUGAUGAGCACAGUACUUUUGAAGACAAUGAUAGUAGAAGAGAUUCCCUGUUUGUUCCACACAGACAUGGAGAACGACGCCACAGUAAUGUUAGUCAGGCUAGCCGGUCAUCUCGGGUGCUGCCCAUAUUGCCAGUGAAUGGGAAAAUGCACAGCUCAGUGGAUUGUAAUGGUGUGGUUUCUCUGGUUGGUGGACCUUCAGCCCUGACAUCACCAACUGGACAACUCCUGCCAGAGGGCACCACUACAGAAACAGAAAUAAGAAAGAGACGAUCUAGUUCUUAUCAUGUGUCCAUAGAUUUGCUAGAAGACCCUUCUGGAAGGCAAAGAGCAAUGAGUAUAGCCAGUAUACUUACCAACACAAUGGAAGAACUUGAAGAAUCCAGACAGAAAUGCCCACCAUGCUGGUAUAAAUUUGCUAACACAUGUUUGAUCUGGGAUUGCUGUGAACCAUGGCUCAAAGUAAAGCACAUUGUCAGUCUCAUUGUGAUGGACCCAUUUGUUGACCUGGCAAUUACCAUCUGCAUUGUCCUGAAUACACUCUUCAUGGCCAUGGAACAUUAUCCUAUGACUGAACAGUUUAGUGGGGUUCUUUAUGUAGGAAACCUGGUUUUUACUGGAAUCUUCACAGCAGAAAUGUUUCUCAAGAUAAUUGCCAUGGAUCCUUAUUAUUAUUUCCAAGAAGGCUGGAAUAUUUUUGAUGGUUUUAUUGUCAGCCUUAGUUUAAUGGAACUUGGCCUGGCAAAUGUGGAAGGAUUAUCUGUCCUCCGAUCAUUCAGACUGCUUCGAGUUUUCAAGUUGGCAAAAUCAUGGCCUACAUUGAACAUGUUGAUAAAAAUCAUUGGUAACUCCGUGGGGGCUCUGGGAAACCUGACCUUGGUGUUGGCCAUCAUUGUCUUCAUUUUUGCUGUGGUCGGCAUGCAGCUUUUUGGCAAGAGCUACAAAGAAUGUGUCUGCAAGAUCUCCAAUGACUGUGAACUUCCACGCUGGCACAUGCAUGACUUCUUCCAUUCCUUCCUGAUUGUGUUCCGGGUGCUGUGUGGAGAAUGGAUAGAGACUAUGUGGGACUGUAUGGAGGUGGCAGGUCAAACCAUGUGCCUUACUGUCUUCAUGAUGGUUAUGGUGAUUGGGAACCUAGUGGUCCUGAACCUGUUUCUGGCCUUGCUGUUAAGCUCCUUUAGUUCAGACAACCUUGCUGCCACAGAUGAUGACAAUGAAAUGAACAAUCUCCAGAUUGCUGUGGGAAGGAUGCAGAAGGGGAUAGAUUAUGUGAAAAGAAAAUUACGUGAAUUUAUUCAGAAAGCUUUUGUUAGAAAACAGAAAGCUUUGGAUGAAGUCAAACCACUUGAGGAUUUGAACAAUAAGAAAGAUAGCUGUAUUUCUAACCAUACCACAGUAGAAAUAGGCAAAGAUCUGAAUUAUCUUAAAGAUGGAAAUGGGACAACCAGUGGAAUAGGCAGCAGUGUUGAAAAAUAUGUUAUUGAUGAAAGUGACUACAUGUCAUUCAUAAACAACCCCAGCCUCACUGUAACAGUCCCAAUUGCUGUUGGAGAAUCUGACUUUGAGAAUUUGAAUACAGAAGAAUUCAGCAGUGAAUCGGAUCUAGAAGAAAGCAAAGAGAAGUUAAAUGCAUCUAGUUCAUCUGAAGGUAGUACAGUGGAUGUAGGAGCCCCUGCAGAAGGAGAACAGCCUGAAGUAGAGCCUGAAGAAACCCUGGAACCAGAAGCCUGCUUCACAGAAGGCUGUGUACGGAAGUUCAAAUGUUGUCAGGUCAGCAUAGAAGAGGGCAGAGGAAAACUCUGGUGGAACUUAAGAAAAACUUGCUAUAAGAUAGUAGAACAUAACUGGUUUGAGACCUUCAUUGUCUUCAUGAUUCUCCUAAGUAGUGGUGCUCUGGCCUUUGAAGACAUAUAUAUUGAACAACGAAAAACAAUUAAGACAAUGUUGGAAUAUGCUGACAAGGUUUUCACAUACAUUUUCAUUCUGGAAAUGCUUCUCAAGUGGGUUGCAUAUGGUUUCCAAAUGUAUUUUACUAAUGCAUGGUGCUGGCUGGACUUUCUGAUUGUUGAUGUCUCUUUGGUUAGCUUAACUGCAAAUGCCUUGGGCUACUCGGAGCUGGGUGCCAUCAAAUCUCUACGAACACUAAGAGCUUUGAGACCCCUAAGAGCCUUAUCUCGGUUUGAAGGGAUGAGGGUGGUCGUGAAUGCCCUUUUAGGUGCAAUCCCCUCUAUCAUGAAUGUACUUCUGGUGUGUCUAAUAUUUUGGCUAAUAUUCAGCAUCAUGGGAGUAAAUCUUUUUGCUGGCAAGUUUUAUCACUGCAUUAACACCACUACUGGAGAGAUGUUUGACAUAAGUGUUGUCAACAAUUUGAGUGAAUGCCAGGCCCUUAUAGAUAGUAAUCAAACAGCCCGAUGGAAAAAUGUGAAAGUAAACUUUGAUAAUGUGGGACUUGGAUACCUUUCCUUGUUACAAGUGGCUACAUUUAAAGGAUGGAUGGAUAUCAUGUAUGCAGCUGUUGAUUCAAGAAAUGUAGAGUGGCAACCCAAGUAUGAAGACAAUCUAUACAUGUAUCUUUAUUUUGUCAUCUUUAUUAUUUUUGGGUCGUUCUUCACUCUGAAUCUCUUCAUUGGUGUCAUCAUAGAUAACUUCAACCAACAGAAAAAGAAGUUUGGAGGUCAAGAUAUCUUUAUGACAGAAGAACAAAAGAAAUACUACAAUGCCAUGAAAAAACUAGGCUCCAAGAAACCACAAAAACCUAUACCUCGACCUGCGAAUAAAUUCCAGGGAAUGGUCUUUGAUUUUGUAACCAGACAAGUCUUUGAUAUCAGCAUCAUGAUUCUCAUCUGCCUCAACAUGGUCACCAUGAUGGUGGAGACUGAUGAUCAGAGUCAAGAAAUGACUAACAUUCUUUAUUGGAUUAAUUUGGUGUUCAUUGUCCUCUUCACUGGAGAAUGUGUGCUGAAACUGAUAUCUCUCCGCUACUAUUAUUUCACCAUAGGCUGGAACAUUUUUGAUUUUGUGGUGGUCAUUCUCUCCAUUGUUGGUAUGUUUCUAGCAGAGCUGAUAGAAAAAUAUUUUGUGUCCCCUACCCUCUUCCGUGUAAUCCGUCUUGCCAGGAUUGGACGAAUCCUCCGUCUUAUCAAAGGAGCAAAGGGUAUCCGUACACUUCUCUUUGCUUUGAUGAUGUCCCUCCCUGCUCUGUUUAACAUUGGGCUCCUGCUCUUCCUGGUCAUGUUUAUCUAUGCCAUCUUUGGAAUGUCCAACUUCGCUUAUGUCAAGAGGGAAGUUGGAAUUGAUGACAUGUUCAACUUUGAGACCUUUGGCAACAGCAUGAUCUGCCUCUUCCAAAUUACCACAUCAGCUGGUUGGGAUGGUUUGCUUGCACCCAUUCUUAACAGUGGACCCCCAGACUGUGACCCUGAAAAAGAUCACCCUGGAAGCUCAGUCAAAGGAGAUUGUGGCAACCCCUCUGUUGGGAUUUUCUUUUUUGUUAGUUACAUCAUCAUCUCAUUCCUGGUGGUGGUAAACAUGUACAUCGCUGUAAUCCUGGAGAACUUCAGUGUUGCUACUGAAGAAAGUGCUGAGCCACUGAGUGAAGAUGACUUUGAGAUGUUCUAUGAGGUUUGGGAGAAGUUUGAUCCAGAUGCUACCCAGUUCAUUGAAUUCUGUAAGCUCUCUGAUUUUGCAGCCGCCCUCGAUCCACCUCUUCUUAUAGCAAAACCAAACAAGGUCCAACUCAUAGCCAUGGACCUGCCCAUGGUAAGUGGGGACCGAAUUCACUGCCUUGACAUCUUAUUUGCUUUUACAAAGCGUGUUUUAGGAGAGAGUGGAGAGAUGGAUGCUCUCCGAAUACAGAUGGAAGAGCGGUUCAUGGCUUCUAAUCCUUCCAAAGUCUCUUAUGAGCCAAUCACCACCACUCUGAAACGCAAACAAGAGGAAGUGUCAGCAAUUAUCAUUCAGCGGGCUUACCGGCGUCACCUCUUGAGGCAAAAAGUUAAAAAAGUUUCAUGUAUAUAUAAAAAAGACAAAAGUAAAGAAGGCAAUGGACUGCCUAUCAAAGAAGAUAUGAUAAUUGAUAAACUGAAUGAUAAUUCCACCCCGGAGAAAACUGAUGUGACCCCUUCCACCACCUCUCCACCUUCCUAUGAUAGCGUAACAAAACCUGAAAAGGAAAAAUAUGAAAAAGACAAAACAGAAAAGGAAGACAAAGGGAAAGAUGUCAGGGAAAGCAAAAAGUAAAAAGAAAAAAAAGAAAGGAGGAAAAAAGAAACAAAGAAUAUUCCCUUUUUUGACCAUUUGUUUACAGCCUGUGAAGGUGAAGUAUUUGUGUCAACAGGACUCCUUAAAGGAGAUUUAUGCCAAACUGACUGUUUUUACAAAUACAUACUUAAGGUCAGUGCCUAUCACAAGACAGUGACCGCUCGUCAGUCAACUGUGACUCUGUAAGGCAGAGUAACAAUCCUGACCAGUGGUUCCUGUUUUCACUACCAGCUGACACUGCUGAAGAGGAGAGACAAAAUGGCUACACAGACUGUAGGGACUAGACAAAGGAGUGAAAAGUUAAAAUUUUAUGUAUGUUUAACAUAUGACACUUGACUACGGUAAUCGUAUCCACUGCUUAUGUUUCAACUGCCACAUCUGCCAUAUUUUUACAGAAUCUGUGUUGGUGAAUUUCUUUUUUUUAAUUCACAGGUUGUUUACUAUUAUAUGUGACUAUUUUUGUAAAUGGGUUUUAUGUUGGGGGGAUAUGGGUUCAAGGGAGGGCAGACUACAAUUCUCUAUUGUACAGACAGAAAUGAUUUGCAUGAAGGCAUGUCUCACUGCUAGCUCAUGCACGGGAAAACAUUACAUCACAAAAAGAAACAGCUUAACUACUUCAUGUUUCAGGAUGUUUCUAAAUUUUGAGGUGCUUAAAUAGCGAUUUACGUUUAAGGUGUCUCAUCCAGACAAAUCUUAAUGUGCCUGUAAAAGUCCUGUAGAAUCCACAAGAAUUAAAGAGUUGUUUUAUUUUUACACAAUCCAUUAUAUGUGUGUAUAUAUUUAUAUUUGGAUAUAAAUAUAUAUAUUAAAGUUGGUUCAGAUUGUCACUCAGAGUCCCGGCAGCACGAAUUUAUGUUCUCAGUAAGUGUCCUUUGGCAUAAAACAAAAAUACCCUAGUAGUCUUUCUGAGGAAAUGAAAUUGACCCCAAAACAUAAACAUACACAUACAUACACAAAGCCCUUUCUAAAGUUAAUUCUGCUUUCUCCUGCAGUAUUGUUUAGCCAUCUUCUGCUCUGGGCAAGGCUGACACAGUAGGUAUCCAAAAAUUAACAAGCGAACAAACAAAAGUCUACUAUGUAAAUAAUAAUUUUACCUAGUGGUGCAUGUUUGAGCAAUGAAUUUUUUUAAAAAAUAAGAUAAAAUAAUGACCUGAGCGCAGUAUUUAUUGCAUCAAAUAUGUACCACAGUAAGUGUAGUUUGCAAGCUUUCAACAGGUAUUAUGAUGUAAUUGGUACCAUUAUUAAUAGUUCGGGAGCUAUCACUGAUGCAUGUUUUAUCUUGCCUAUAUGCUGCUGUAUCUUACUCCUUCCACUGUUCAGAAGUCUAAUAUGGGAAGCCAUAUGUCAGUGGUAAAGUGAAACCAAUCGUUCAACUGAGACCUCAUUCCUCCAUGUCAUUAAGCAAUAGGUUGCAGCAAUCUUAAGAGCUUUUUGCUUUGCAUUCUUCAAUUUUAAGUGAAUUCUGUGCAGUAUAUAGAAAGACUGUACAGACACGUUGCCAGCUGCUUAAAUCUGUCUAAAAAAAUUAUAUGGCUAGAGUUUUCUAAUAAAAUAUAAAUACUGUAAAAAGUUCAUUUUAUUUUAUUUUUCAGCAUUUUGUACAUAAAAUAAGAAAUUACAAUUAUCUGCCAGUUUAUGUCACAGUCACUUUUGUUACUUUCUGUCCGUAGCACUUUUUAAAUUGAAGCACUUCACAAAAGAAGAUAUAAAGACAAGGAUGAGUCAUCGAUUUCUGCUUUUUUUUUCCAGUAGUACUGUAUAUUUGCACACAUAUUAAUUAAUGUGAAAUAAUUCUCAAAAUGAGGACAAAAUUCACUUGCUUCCAAAUAGUAAUAUUGUGUUGUGGAAAGGGGUGGGUGGGUGGGUAAGAUGAACUGUGAUUUCUAGCACUGCCUAAUUCACAAGAUUGAGUCUACUGUCUUUAGGUCAUGAAACCAUUUCUUUUUUUUCCAGAGUUUGUUUCCCCAGACUACUCUUAUUCUUGUUGAUUCAUACUGCACUAAGGCCUGUUCUAAAGAUGAGGUAGCUCCACAUCCUGUUUCCACAAGAACCAAGUAUUGGUUUAUAUUCAAUCAGAUCAGGACAUUAUGUGUUUCUUACCCAAGCAAAAAGUUUAGUGUAGAUUCCUUUUUACUAAAGCUAUUGACUUGUAGUGUGUUGGUGAACUGCAUGUAGGAAAAUGCUAUUACCAUAAAGAACGGUAAACCACAUUACAAUCAAACCAAAAGAAUUUUGUUUUGUUUUGCUAAAUUGCAUUUGAUUGUUUCUGUCUUUGUUUCUAUCUUUGAAAAUAUGAGUUAAGGAUAGAUUUCUAUAAUGUAAAAAAAGAUCUCAGAGAAAAAUAAAUGUAAAGAAAACUAAAAUUAAAGAUAAUUCAUUCAUCUUUUAAAUUUUUCAUGGAAUGGGAAAUGAAUUUGAUUGCUUAACUUAAGAUGGCUGUUCUGAAUAUCAAAUUUUAAUAUUUGACUGAAUACCUGGAAGUAGUGUCGGGCAGAGUGGUGGAAAGUUAUAUAAAUUAAUAAAAAUUUUACUAACAUUUUAA